AUAUAAAAUAGUAGAAAAACUGUUGAAAUAAUGACUAAAAAAAUGUUCCUUUUUAAAUCAAAGUCAACGACAACAACAACAACAAACUAGACCAAAUUUGCUCUUUACUCUAAAUUUAACUACUCUUAGUGAAGGUUGAAGAUGAUCAGCUUCAGACAUAUGGCAGUUGCUAAAAGCGAUUUGGGAUUCCGACUUGUUGUUUCGUGUUUGUUCCUCCUCUUAACAGGUUGCCAGAGUUCUCAGGGGCAUUUCAACAAACAUGCUGCGAUCUUCAUUUUUGGAGAUUCACUUUUCGAUCCUGGAAACAAUAACUACAUAAACACUGGUCCGGGCUUCCAAGCAAAUUUUUGGCCAUAUGGAGAAUCAUACUUCAAUCCGCCAAGUGGAAGAUUCUCUAAUGGUCGUCUCAUCUCUGAUUUCAUCGCUGAAUAUGCUGGAUUGCCUCUCAUUCCUGCGUAUCUCGACCCCCAUUAUAAUGAAUUUCUGUAUGGAGCAAACUUUGCUUUAGGGGGCGCUGGUGCCUUAGUUGAAACCAAUACGAAAAAUUUCGUACUUGAUCUCAAAACACAGCUACAAUAUUUCUCCGAUUUAGAAAAACGUUAUAGGAAAGAUUUAGGUGAUGUGAAAGCCGAGCAGCUGUUGUCCGAUGCUGUUUACUUGUUUACCUGCGGAUGCAACGACUAUCUUGCCCUCACCUCCAACAACCUAAGUAAUCUUCAUGACGAGGAGUAUGUGGGAAUGGUGAUUGGAAACUUGACCGAUGUGUUCAAGGGAAUCUAUGAAAAAGGUGGGAGGAAGAUUGGUAUUGGUACGAUCCCACAAUUAGGUUGCUUGCCUUAUGUUUGUGCACAACAACCAGGCAAUACCUGCAACGAAGAACUUAACGCAAUAUCGAGUCUACACAAUCACGCAUUUUCCAAGAAAUUACAAGAGCUGACACAACAAUUUGAAGGAUUCAUGUUUGCAAACUAUGAUCACUCGACUGCUCUUAGCGAACGGAUGAAGAACCCAUCAAAAUAUGGUUUUAAGGUAGGAGAUAGUUCGUGUUGUGGUAGUGGUCCUUUACGAGGGAUUUAUAGUUGUGGAGGCAAAAGAGGACUAGGAGUGUUUGAAUUGUGUGAUAAUCCUGACGAUUAUGUCUUCUUCGAUGCCCCUCAUCCUAGUGAAGCAGCAUGUCGCCAAUUCGCAGAGCUGUUUUGGAACGGAGAUUCCAAAGUCACAUCACCUUACAAUUUAAAAUCCUUGUUUCACGGUAGGAUGUCAAAAUGUCCAAUGUGACUCGAACACGUAGGAUCCCGAUUCCGUAUGAAGGAUAUUUGUUAAAAAUAUUAAGGGCUUGGUUAAUCUUCGUCUUAAUUUUGGAGGCGGGACAGGGGUAGGAGUCACGUCCCAAGCCCCAAUGUGGGCCCGUUAAUAUAUAUAUAUAUAUAUAUAUAUAUAUAUAUAUAUAUAUAUAUAUAUAUAUAUAUAUAUAUAUAUAUACACACACACACACACACACAGACACACACACACACACACUAGAUGUGUACCCGUAUAAAACGACGACGAUAAAUAGCUCUUUUGGAGAAUAGUUUUCUUAUGAGGAAAUAUUUAUUAGAUUUUAUUAUUAGUUAUUAUGUAAAAACAAUUACCACUUUUAAA